AUGGCUACCGGGGGUAUCGCUUCGACAGAAUCUAACGGUAGCGAUUUUUCUGAUGGUGAAAAUGAAAGAUCGGCACAGAAUUUUGACAUGGGGUUUGCCUUUCAAUCUCAGUCUGAGUCAGGAAGCGCAGAAAUGUCUGUAGACAUUAAAUAUGAGAACAUCGACUUCGCAGACGACUCAGAUCUUGAGGAAGCCCUGCUAAGCUGUUUAACCCAAACGGAUGAUAGUGGGUCUACGGGAACUGAACAAGGAAGAUUCCCCAAUUUGACAGAGACAGAUUUGACAAAUAUCGAAGAAAACAAAGAUUCCCUAGGAACCAUAAAACAAACGAAGUGGGCAGUGUCUCUUUUCCGUGAAUGGUUGUCUGAGAAUGGACAAGAUGAAAAGUUUGAAAAUCUGUCAGCUACCAGCUUGGAUGAGACACUAAGAAGGUUCUACGCCUCUUUAAGAACAGCCCAAGGUGACCUCUACUCAAAAAGCACCUUCGUUGGAAUUCGGGCCUCAAUCAACAGGCACUUGCGUGCCCCACCAUAUUGCCAAAAAAUUUCUCUCCUAGACAGCAAUGACUUUGUCAAAUCAAAUAACAUGUUUAAAUCCAUGUUGAAAAAAAUAAAGAAAGAUGGAUUUGACAAAACUAAGCAUUAUGAAGCCAUUUCCGAGGCUGACCUGCAGAAACUGAGGUCAACAGAUAUACUAAGCUGCCGUGAUCCAAAAAGCUUGCAGAGAAAAGUGUGGUUUGAUAUUACACUAAGCUUUGCUAGACGAGGCAGAGAAAAUAUUCGUGACCUAAAGUGCUCAGCUUUUAUCUUUAAGACAGAUGAUGCUGGAAAAGAGUAUGUUCAGAUGGCAUAUAAUGAAGCCACAAAAAACCAUCCUGGAGACAGAAUUAAAGAUAACGACCAUGAGACACAGCCAAGAAUGUAUGCUACAUCCAGCAGUCAGUGCCCUGUUACUUCAUUACGCCUUUACUUAGAUAAGCGCAACAAAACAAAUGAAAUUCUAUUUCAGCAAGCAAAACGUACCUUCAACCCCAAUGAUGACGAAUGGUAUACAUCUCGACCUCUGGGAGAAAAAACCCUCAAUAAUAUGAUGAAGAGCAUAUCAGCUGAUGCAGGACUGUCCAAGUCCUACACAAAUCACUGUGUGAGAGCUACUACAAUUACUCUUUUAUCUCAUGCUGGGGUUGAAGCACGAGAAAUAAUGAGGAUUUCAGGACACAGAAAUGAGCAGAGUAUUAAAUCCUACAACACAGACUCCUCUGAAGACCAUAAGAGACUCUAUAGCAGCAUCUUACAUGGUGCAAGCAUGAAAAGAGACGCACUAAGUCCAUUAAAUCUGCCAGUCCAACAACAAAUUAGUAGUGCCACAAGUCUUGCCACUUCAUCUUCAACUACUGUACAUGCUGUAGGCCUAUCGCAAAACAACACCCUGAACAUUCAGCAGAAUAUUCCUAUGCAUUAUCAGAAGCAGUUUGACAUUUACAAUUCUAGUGUUCAGGUUUACAACUUUUUUGGACCCCAAUAG